AACGAGCGUGCGUAGUACGUAGCGACAGUAGUACGGUUGUAUUGCGCGUCCUGGCACUGCGCGUGUAUGACGUGCAAAUUGGGUAUUGUUGAUAAGAGUAAAGUGCGCAAGAAAAAGUCUCGUAGCGCAAUUAGUACUUAAGAAUAUAGCAAAAAGAGAUGGGAAAAACGAUAAUUGGAAAAUGCGCGGUAUUGUGUACGGCGAUAGGUUUCAUUACCCUAUUAAUCGCGUUUACCACACCCAAUUGGAUAGAGACAGACGGUACAUUGGAGAGGCCAAAAUUAGUAAAAAUCGGACUUUGGCAGGUAUGCUUCCAAGGUCCCCAGGAUAUGAAACACUUCUUCGAGUCGACCAGGUCCUAUGGUUGUUUCUGGGUCUUUGAGGACCUCUACUACGACAUCUUUGAGACUUUCAACAUUAAGAUGCCGAGCUCCUUCAUUGCGGCGCAGUUCUUCUUCACUCUCUCCAUGACGCUGCUUUUCAUCAGCGGCGGCUUGGCCACUCUGUUCACUUGUUGUUCCCAACACCACAACAAGUACCAGCUACUCCUCCAGGCAACUGGCUCGAUCUUGUUGCUUGCCGGAGUCUGCGAGAUGAUCGCAAUUAAGAUAUUUGUCACCGAAGACAAGGCUUACUACUGGCUGCCGGACUGGGAGCACAACGUUCUAAGCUGGUCUUUCAUCCUCGCUGCUAUCAGCUGUGUAUUUACAACCCUUGCAGGUGUCCUAUUUUUUGCUGAUGCCAGGAGGCACAGAAUUACCUUGAUACAAAUAAUACAGCAACGACAUUACACGCCUAGUACUACAAUUUAGGUUUUUAAAAAUAGUAACAGAGAAGCUAGAUAGUAAGAGAGUGAUGUAGAUAUGUGACGCACAAAUAUUUUUGUACUCAUUUGACUUAUACUUCAAGAUCUGAGACAUAUCAAGUAUUUGCUUUUUAUUUCUAUCUCAUUAUUUGUUUUUUUUUUUCGGAAGAUGAACUUUACAAAUGCUCAGAAUUUUGAAAAGAUACGAUAGGCCUUAGCCUGUAAUACCUGAUCAUGCUUCAUGCUGAUUGAUCUGCACUGAAUCUUUAUUUACAAGAGGCUUUGACUCGACGGUUACGUGAUAAUUAUAAUGUGCCUUGACCUUGGUCUUACAUAUGCUCACGUAUGUAAAAAUAUUGUAUCUAUUAUUUAUUUAUUGCAUAUUUUUUUUCUCAAGAAUAAAAAACAUUAGAGUCUCAUAUAUUAUGUACACAGUUUGUUGUAAAUAAGAAUGUCAGGAACAUUUUCAAUUAAAAUUUGACACACUCGUGUAACUGUUAUUAAUUUUUUACUUCUGUCACAUAUAUUAUGUGAGAAUUAUUUCUAAAUAAUGUUUUCAUUUUUUAAUCAAGCUACUCACCAGCAAUAUGUAUUUUUGUAUUAAUACUCAUUGUACAUUUGUAAGUAGGGUAGCUAAGUUACAUCUCAAGUCUGAUGACGGAAUAGUAUUUCCCCAUAAAAAAUUAAUAAUCUUGUUUCGAAAAUAUAUUUAACAUAAUAUGUUUGCAUACGUAUCAUACACAUGUAUAUUAGUUUGAAAAAUUAAUUUAGUUUAUUUUUCUAUGUAUGUAUAUUUCUUUUUCAACCAUAGAGAUUCCGCAUAAAGGAAAUAUAAUAAAAAGAAUGAAUAAUUUAUAAAAAUUUUGUCAAUAUAGUUAUUCACUAGUCUACGCUGCCAGUGUUUAAAACAGGUAUAUAUUAUUUUUCGCUCACUCACCAUAGUCUCGACUCUCUAGUAUGUUAAUACAAGAGAUUCUUGAUUCAGAAAAAACA